AUGGCGUCAACCGGAGCAGUGCCGUUCUGGAGGGCAGCGGGGAUGACAUACAUAACUUACUCCAACAUAUGCGCGAAUCUUGUCAGGAAUGCCCUCAAGGAACCUCACAAGACCGAAGCUAUCGCUCGUGAGAAAGUCCAUUUCUCUCUUUCGAAAUGGGUUGAUGGCAAACCCGAAAAACCUACUCUACGCACAGACACCCCAGAUCUUUGA